AAGUGGACGGAGGAGGAGGACAACCGCCUGCGGGAGAUCGUCGAGACCUUCGGGGCCAAGAACUGGAAGCGCCUCGCCAUGCUCCUGGGCAACGUGCGGAGCGACGUGCAGUGCCUCCACCGGUGGAACAAGGUCCUGCGGCCGGGCCUGUCCAAGGGCCCCUGGACCGCCGACGAGGACAAGAUCGUCAAGGACAUGGUGCUCCGCCACGGCGCGGGGAACAUCAAGUGGUCCGUCAUCGCCGCGCAGCUCCCCGGCCGCAUCGGCAAGCAGUGCCGCGAGCGGUGGUUCAACCACCUCGACCCCGAGAUCAAGAAGGGCGACUGGACGCCCGAGGAGGACAACAUCCUCUUCGAGACGCAGCGCGUCCACGGGAACCGCUGGUCCGAGAUCGCCAAAUUGCUGCCGGGCCGCACGGAGAACGCCGUGAAGAACCGGUGGAACUCGUCCGCGCGGAAGCGC